AGCCUGUGGAUCUGAAAGAUGAUAAUACUGAAAAACACUGCCCUGUUACAGUGAAUCCUUGGCAUAUGAAGAAAGCUUUCAAAGUUAUGAAUGAAUUAAGAAGUUAUUAUUGUUGGAGAUAUUCAUUCAUGGAUUUGUGUAUGUACAGUGAAAUCGAUAUUGACCAACAUUUACUGAUAAAAAUCUAAUCCUUCCAAGCCUGCUUAUGGGGUAUGAAAAACAUCUGAAGAAUUUUGUUUGUUUCAGUGGCGCUAUCUGUUGCACAGUAUAUUCCAAAUAGGUUCAGUUAAGAGGUCACUUUUCACAUAGGCCUCUUAUGCACCAAGAAAUUUUUGUUGUCAAGUUUCCAACCAUUGCAACACUGGAAGCCCUGUGUUGAUACUGUUCUUAGUAUCAUGUCAAUUAGAAUAUUUAGUAAGAGAACUAGGUGAUGUGGUACUCAAAACUGUUUAUAGCUGGUCUUACAACAGUUGCUGACGCAAAAUUUUUGCAGAAUUUCCCUACUAUAGACAAAGCCUGAGAUUUUAAACUUCAUAUACCUACCUUUCUUCCCUACCUUACCUAAAAAUAUUAACCUCUUUUGGCAUAAAACAACAAUUUGUAUCUCUUAGUAAAGUUUGCCUCAAUAUUUGAUCCUCACUCGUUGCAUGUGGCUAUGUGUUCUUGCUGCUACUGACACUGUGGCCAUAUUUAGUUAUUUAUUGAACUUUGACAGUUUGUGCCACUCCGGACAAACAUGGAGAUAGUCCCUGCCCCAAAGAGAUUGCAAUCUACAUCACGCCGACCGUAUAGUAAAAGACAUUAUACAUAGCCUGAGAGUAAGCUAUCCCCUUCUAAGUGUUCCUGCCCAUCCUUACACUGCUGACCAAACUGAAUGGCUGUCAUGCUACUCCCUACCACAUUUCUUGUUCCUCCAAGGAUUAUGGUAACCAGAUUCACAACCUCAAGGAAUGUGGCAGAGCUGCAGGGUCAAGUGAGUGAUUUUUUUGGAGAGGAGGGAGAGUGUAGAAAUAGAGGUCACGUCUAAGAAUGAAUCGUAGGUUGUAUCGUGCCCACAAGUAACAAACCCAAUCUCAGUUUUGCUGUUUCAUUAUAGGCAAAGGGAGGUGACUUCCCAGCAGAGUUCAUUGUUGAAGGCCCUGGAUUAUUAUUUUAAAAAUGUACUUCAAUUUUCAGGAUUUAUUAAAGUCAGGAUUGCUGUUGAGAGAGUACAAGCAGUUUUUAUUUUGUAUUUAGAAACAAUUGAGAAGUUUAAAUGGGAAUGGUGCCAAGCAAAUCUCAACUAUAGUUGCAUUUAGUAGUGUAGCUGCCACAAAUGUUUACUGAUGAUACUGAAAGGUAGCUUCAGUUUGAGUAAAACUUGUGUCAAAAUUUUAGGACCUUGUCAGGUCACAUAAUAUUUGUAUUUGCAUUCCUUUUGGAUUUGAAAUAAUAAACUUAAUUAUUUUAAGCUUGACUUCAGAACAGUUGGCUUAAUUAGAUUUAUUUGACUGUUUCCUCUAGACUCUAAUAGAAAGUAUGAAAAACUCCAUAUUAGUGCACCUUAGUUUGACGAUGUGUUGCAUAAUGAAUUUCCUUGAGUUUUAAAUUUGUUGCCUUUUAACUUAAGAUCUGUUUUCAUAUUAUGGGAACUAUUUAGUAGGCGUUUGAUCCUCUUUGAAAGUAUUCAUUAUUAUUUACUAAACCUCUAACUUUCCCUUGCUUGUCUUUCCAAAUGAAAUUAUCCUAAACGUUUUAAUCUUUCUAUGGAAACCUUCUUUAUGUCUUUGACUGCCGUUACACAAGACCACUGAAGGACGCUAUCAGCUUUGAGAAUGAGUUGACUACAAGACAUUAUAUUGUUCAAAAUAAGGCAGUAUCUUUAAGUAGCCAUUUUUUCUAUUAUUGAGUAUUUUUUUUAAUACUGCCUCCCAGCUCACACUUUCUUUCAUUUGUGCAGCAAUCUAAGCAAAUAUCUUUUGAGAUAUGUGCACCUCAGUAGACAUUUCCUGUAAGGUUAUAACUAUUUAAGAAUCCCUCAGCAUGAACACUUAAAUUCUUUUCAAUAUGUAUAACCUUUCACUUGCCUACAUUGAAUCUUGGUUGAUGUCAAGUUACCCAUUUACCCGGUUUUGUUAUAUCUUAUCAAUGGUUUUCACAAUCCUUACAGUUUUUAACUAAUCUGAAUAAUUUUGUCCUUGGUAAAUCUUGCCACUUCAUAAGUCACAAUCUCCUCUAAGUAGAUGUCAAAUAUGCUUAACAUCGAUCCUAGUGUUGAUCACUGGGACACCCAUCUACUAACUCUUACACACCAACGUUAAGUCUUCAGUUAAAACGCUACAGCAGCACAGCUGCAGCAGUGAUUCGGUGUAGACCCUACCUACACUGAAGGGAGAGGUUCUUAAUUCACCUCCUUAAGAGGCGGUAGCUUGGUUGAUGGAAGAAUUGUUCCGUUGACCUACUGCUAUUUACACUGGGGGUUAGGAUGGCAUAGCUACAUCUCUCAGGGGUGUGGAUUUUGUGGAUCUGCUAUGCAGAUGUAAGUUCCCCCCCAAAAAUUGAAAAUUGUCCAUUUAGCCCCUACAAAUUGUCCAUUUAGUCCCUGUCUUUAUGCCUCGCAGUAAUCUGUUUUUAUCGUGAUGGAACUUCUCUUACUCAUGCCUCCCAAACAGCUUUAAUAGCUGAUAAACAAGGACUUUCAAAAGCAUUCUAAUUGGAAAAUGGUUAAUAUUACAAAACCUAGACUGAUUUCUUAUAUUGCAUAUGUACCAAGCUAUGUUACCCUUUUGUAGACUCUGAUUCUGCAGCUGAGAAGCUUGUCACAGAAUUGCUUCAGAGUGUACCCUUUCAUUAUUAAAAAAAAAAAAAAAGUCACUUAAUUUUCUAGUGUAGACAAGCCCUAAGUCUUUAGCAAAGUUAUGAAUGUAAGUUCCCAGGUUUGCCAUUUGAAGGUGUCGUGCAGGUUUCCUUUGAGGUCAAGAACUGAGAGGUUAGAUAUUGAGAGUUUUUUGAAAAGUUUGCCCAUGGGUGACAAGGUGUUUUUGUUGUUUAUCGUUUUUCUAUGUGAGUUCUGUCGAGAAUAUAGUGAUUGCCUGACUUCCCCCAAGUCGUCGUUGGGGCAUUUGAUGCACUGGAUGAGUCAAAACUUGUUGUGUGAUGUGACGAUAGUAGCUGAAGACAUGGAAAUUGCAGCUCAUAGAGUCGUGCUAGCCGCUUGCAGCCCUUACUUCCAUGCCAUGUUUACAGGUGAAAUGAGUGAGAGUCGAGCAAAGAGAGUUCGAAUAAAGGAAGUGGAUGGCUGGACACUGAGAAUGCUUAUUGAUUAUGUUUACACUGCUGAAAUUCAGGUUACAGAAGAAAAUGUACAGGUACUUCUCCCAGCAGCUGGUCUGUUACAGUUGCAGGAUGUGAAGAGGACUUGCUGUGAGUUUUUGGAAUCCCAGCUUCAUCCGAUCAACUGCUUAGGGAUUCGUGCUUUUGCUGACAUGCAUGCAUGCACAGAUCUAUUGAACAAGGCCAACAAGUAUGCAGAACAGCAUUUUUCUGAUGUCAUACUUAGUGAAGAAUUCCUCAACCUUGGCGUAGAACAGGUGUGCAGUUUAAUAUCCAGUGACAAACUUACAAUUGCGUCAGAGGAGAAGGUUUUUGAAGCAGUGAUAGCAUGGGUAAACCAUGACAAAGAUGUGAGGCAGGAGCUAAUGGCACGUUUGAUGGAACAUGUUCGGCUGCCUUUGCUUUCCCGAGAAUAUUUAGUUCAGAGGGUUGAAGAGGAGACGCUGGUAAAGAACAGCAGUGCAUGUAAAGAUUACCUCAUUGAAGCUAUGAAGUAUCACUUACUGCCAACUGAGCAACGAGCAUUGAUGAAAAGUACUCGAACCAGACUGAGAACACCUGUAAGCCUUCCAAAGUUGAUGAUGGUGGUUGGAGGACAAGCACCAAAGGCCAUCCGUAGCGUGGAAUGCUAUGACUUUAAAGAAGAGCGCUGGCAUCAGGUGGCUGAAUUGCCUUCCAGAAGAUGUAGAGCAGGCAUGGUGUACAUGGGUGGACUAGUUUUUGCUGUCGGUGGUUUCAACGGCUCUUUAAGAGUUCGCACAGUAGAUUCCUAUGAUCCAGUGAAGGACCAAUGGACCAGUGUUGCUAAUAUGCAAGAUAGGAGAAGCACCUUGGGAGCUGCUGUAUUAAAUGGACUCUUGUAUGCUGUAGGAGGAUUUGAUGGGAGUACAGGUUUAUCAUCCGUAGAAGCUUAUAAUAUGAAGACUAAUGAAUGGUUUCAUGUAGCUCCAAUGAACACAAGAAGGAGUAGUGUUGGUGUAGGUGUUGUUGGAGGUAUUCUGUAUGCUGUAGGUGGCUAUGAUGGGGCGUCACGUCAGUGCCUUAGUACGGUGGAAUGCUAUAAUUCUAGUACAAAUGAGUGGACCUAUGUGGCAGAAAUGAGCACUAGACGGAGUGGAGCAGGUGUUGGUGUGUUAAACAACUUAUUGUAUGCAGUAGGUGGUCAUGAUGGUCCUUUGGUUAGAAAAAGUGUUGAAGUAUAUGAUCCUGCCACCAGUACAUGGAGGCAGGUUGCAGAUAUGAACAUGUGCAGAAGGAAUGCAGGGGUUUGUGCUGUAUAUGGCCUGUUGUAUGUAGUUGGAGGAGAUGAUGGUUCCUGUAACUUGUCAACAGUGGAAUAUUAUAACCCAACAACUGAUAAAUGGACAGUUGUGUCCUCUUGUAUGAGUACUGGAAGGAGCUAUGCAGGUAGUGUUACAGUUAUUGACAAACCAUUAUGAACAGCGAAAAGAUUUUCAACUUAAUUAUGUACUAAGGGCCGGCUUCAACAAGUGUUUUUGAAGUGACUGAGAAUCAAAGCACUUCUCUACUUGUAGCUGCACAUUGAGUCACAGUGGAAGAUGUGACGGUCUGCAAUUACGUAUGACAGAUAAUGAAGAUUACUCUAGGUAGAAGCAACGUGUAGGAUUAUUCUGCAUUGAGCAGCAGCUGACUGAAUUUUUAUAAAUGCUAGUGGACCACAGUUUUUAUUUGCAAGGCCUUCGAACAAAAAAUCACUUUCAAAAGGACCAAUUCAUGUCAGUUGUGACUGACAAAUGGAUUAUUCAGUGAAGAAUGGUAAAGUGAUGUGUAUUCUGGUGAAAGUAAAUUUUUGUCUUAUUUUUUCCCAGAGACUGUAGAUCCAUGAACUGUAAGUCUUCAGGAUGGGUACUGAAUCCCACUUCAGUAGUACAAGCUGGCAUGGGAGUAAACAUGUUUUGUUUUUAAUAACAGUUUUCAUUACAUGAAUAUAGUGUGUGUGUGUGAGUAUAGGUUGCUUUCCAUUAACACUCUUCAGAACUUGAUUAUAUUAUUUAUAAUUGGCAAAGUACUUUGAAUUAUGUCAGUACUCUAUGUUGUAAAACAGGGUUGUAUUUUUUUUAUAAUAAUGCUUAACACUACUAAAUGCCAUUUAAAGAGAAUGGAGAAGACACAGCAUUUCUUGAAUGGUAUAAUGCCAAAAUCUUUUAUGAAAAAGUUUAGUUGCCUGUAUUUAUUUAAGAUUUUUCUUUGUUUAAUCUUGGUCAUGUUUAGGUGAAUUCCUUUACUACCUUUUUAUCAAAAGGUGGUUAUUUGGCAUGAACAUAACUGCAAGUUUAUAAUGAAUGUAUGGAAUUCAACUGAGCUUGCAUGGUAUUAAGAACUAUCUAUGUGUAACUUAGCUGCUAUUAACAAAUAUGAAAAAAUUUACUCUAUGUGCCCAUGUUUGUGGAGCAACUAUCGUUUUUAUUCAUGGAUGACCUUUUAAAUAUGACCAAAACUAUUGUACGCUUUGAGCUAUUUUCUUUAAAUAAUAAAAGUUUGUAUAUUUGUUUCAUAA